UAGGCAAGCCGGAGAGCAGACUGGCAGGCGCUGGAGGGUUGCGGAGGGGUUUAGAUCUGAAUAAUUGAGGAGCGAUUCAGCAGCAGCCGCUGCCUCCUCUCUGCCUUUACCACCACCACCGCCCGCAUCUCAGCUGGAAGUGCAGAUCGCCGGCCAUCAGCUUCCAGACCAUCACCUCCAGCCUCUCUGGUCCGCAUCUUCUGAACUGAUUUCUCCUGACUGAUAUCUCGGUUCUGGUUUUGACAUACCAGCAGAAGAGCUGCACUCCUGCAGACGUUCAUGUCCAAGUCAAGGCUGCUUUGGAUCCCACUGGGCCUUUCUUAAAAGGACACGCACUCAUUGCUCCAUGAGUUCCAGGGUCGUCCACUAAGGCUUCUGUGGUCCUUUUCCAUCAGCAAACCUUCACUGCAACCCUACUGUUCAAGAUGAGUGGCUUUCUGGCCUCACUGGACCCCCGACGGGUGCAGUGGGGGGCUGCCUGGUAUGCAAUGCACUCUCGGAUCCUGCGUACCAAACCAGUGGAGUCCAUGCUGGAAGGGACUGGAGCUACCACAGCGCACGGUACCAAGCUAGCCCAGGUGCUCACCACCGUGGACCUCAUCUCUCUUGGAGUCGGCAGCUGCGUGGGCACUGGCAUGUAUGUGGUGUCUGGCCUGGUGGCCAAGGAAAUGGCAGGACCCGGUGUUAUUGUGUCCUUCAUCAUUGCGGCCGUUGCAUCUAUAUUAUCAGGUGUGUGCUAUGCGGAGUUCGGAGUUCGAGUCCCCAAGACCACAGGAUCUGCCUACACCUACAGCUAUGUCACUGUCGGGGAGUUUGUGGCAUUUUUCAUUGGCUGGAACCUGAUUCUGGAGUACCUGAUCGGCACAGCCGCUGGUGCCAGUGCCCUGAGCAGCAUGUUCGACUCCCUGGCAAACCACACCAUCAGCCGCUGGAUGGUGGACACAGUGGGGACGCUCAACGGCCUGGGAAAAGGAGAAGAAUCAUACCCAGACCUCCUGGCUCUGGUGAUCGCUGUCAUUGUGACCAUCAUUGUAGCUCUGGGGGUGAAGAAUUCCGUGGGCUUCAACAACGUCCUCAAUGUCCUGAACCUGGCAGUGUGGGUGUUCAUCAUGAUCGCAGGCUUCUUCUUCGUCAAUGGCAAAUACUGGGCUGAGGGCCAGUUCUUGCCCCACGGCUGGUCAGGGGUACUGCAAGGAGCAGCCACAUGUUUCUAUGCCUUCAUUGGCUUUGACAUUAUUGCCACCACCGGAGAGGAAGCCCAGAACCCCAACACAUCCAUCCCUUAUGCUAUCACUGCAUCCCUGGUCAUCUGCCUGACAGCGUAUGUGACUGUGAGCAUGAUCUUAACUCUGAUGGUGCCGUACUACGCCAUCGACACGGAGUCCCCUCUCAUGGAGAUGUUCGUGGCCCAUGGCUUCCAUGCCGCCAAGUUUGUGGUGGCCGUCGGGUCGGUGGCGGGACUGACAGUCAGCCUGCUGGGCUCUCUGUUCCCCAUGCCCAGGGUCAUUUACGCCAUGGCUGGUGAUGGGCUGCUUUUCAGGUUCCUGGCUCACGUGAGCUCCUACACAGAGACACCAGUGGUGGCCUGCAUCGUGUCUGGAUUCCUAGCAGCUCUCCUCUCACUGCUGGUCAGCCUGAGGGACCUGAUAGAGAUGAUGUCCAUCGGCACACUCCUCGCCUACACCUUGGUCUCUGUCUGCGUCUUGCUCCUUCGAUACCAACCCGAGAGCGACAUUGAUGGUUUUGUCAAGUUCCUGUCUGAGGAACACACCAAGAAGAAGGAAGGCAUCCUGGCUGACUGUGAGAAAGAAACGUGUUCUCCUGUGAGUGAAGGGGAAGAGUUCUCCAGCCCUGCCACAAACACCUGUGGGGCCAAGAACCUGCCGUCCUUGGGAGACAAUGAGAUGCUCAUAGGGAAGUCCGAUAAGUCUGCCUACAAUGUCAACCACCCCAACUACGGCACUGUGGACAUGACCACAGGCAUAGAAGCCGAUGAAUCAGAAAACAUCUAUCUCAUCAAGUUGAAGAAGCUGAUUGGACCUCGCUACUACACGAUGAGAAUCCGGCUGGGCCUUCCAGGCAAAAUGGACAGGCCCACGGCAGCAACAGGGCACACGGUGACCAUCUGCGUGCUCCUACUCUUCAUCCUCAUGUUCAUCUUCUGCUCCUUCAUCAUCUUUGGCUCCGACUACAUCUCGGGCCAGAGCUGGUGGGCCAUCCUUCUGGUUGUUCUGAUGGUGCUGCUCAUCAGUGUGCUGGUGUUUGUAAUCUUGCAGCAGCCAGAGAACCCCAAGAAGCUGCCGUACAUGGCCCCCUGCCUCCCCUUUGUACCUGCCUUUGCCAUGCUGGUGAAUAUCUAUCUCAUGCUCAAGCUCUCCACCAUCACGUGGAUCCGGUUUGCCGUCUGGUGCUUUGUGGGUAUGCUCAUUUAUUUUGGGUACGGCAUCUGGAACAGCACCCUGGAAAUCAGCGCCCGAGAGCAGGCCCUGCACCAAAGCACAUACCAGCACUACGAUGUGGAUGACCCCUUUUCCGUGGAGGAGGGGUUCUCCUACGCCACUGAAGGCGAGAGCCAGGAGGACUGGGCUGGGCCAGCUGAGGACAAAGGCUUCCAUUACCAACAGAUGUCAGACGCGAAGGCAAACACCCGGACGAGCAGCAAAGUGAAAAGUAAAAGCAAACACAAACAGAACUCAGAGGCCCUGAUUACCAAUGAUGAGUUAGAUUACUCUCCGGAGUAAGGCUAAACACGCAGGAGCCUAGAGAGGGUGGCUUCUCUGUAGAUCGGCCUGUGUGCUAGAAGGCAGAAACUCUUCCCACUCAUUUCACAAACCCAGCCUUCCCCAAAGUCCGUCCCCAGGCAUAACCUGUCAUUCGCUACUUUUGCUGUUCAGGAGAGUUCUGUUGAAGGGUUUUGCCCAGGGCUCUUAACUGGCCCCCUUGUAAAAAAUCAAAAUCAAAAAACUACAUGAAAUUCUAUUUAGUGAGCUGUCCCAGCCGAUGACAGCAAAUUUUUGCUUUACAGGAUGGAUCUUUGUGCUUCUUACUAAGACCCAAGGACACUUCCUCCAGCCCUGCUGAGGCUACAGGCCCUCCAGAGAGGACCCACAAAGGUGGCUGUGGGUGUGAAGCAGCUGCCCAUCCCCCAGAGCCCAGCUGGAAGCUACUUCCCCAGGGCUGUAGGUCAGGCUGUUUCAGGAUCUUCUCAGUGAGCAACACUGUGUCCUUAUACCUUACCACCCCAAAACUAUCCAUGGAGGAGACCCAGGCUUCUCUUUACUCACCAAAGUUCUUACAGUUUCCAGACUAUAAUUUUAGGAUCCAGAAAAGACAGAAGACUCUGAGAGCAUAUCUCCCAUGAAGCAAUUAUGCAGUCCCCAUAGUACAGUAAGAAAUAACAUCAAAGCUUUACUUAAAUGCCCCAAAAAAUAAAUAAAUAAAAGCUUAAGUAACCUCUUGAAUAGACGUCAGAAGGAAUUGGCAGAAAGGAACUGUCUGUCAUGCAUUCCCUCAUGCCAGACUCUAAGCUCCUGGUGAAAGGGCAGAGGUGGAGUGUGAUUCCAUGCCUCUGAAAUUCCUGGAAGAAAUAGGCUAUUUGUUUUAUACUCAGAUAAAAAUCUUUGCAAGGAAAAGUAACUCAGCCACUGAGAUCACAUUACAAAUCCCACUUCAUAUUUUUAAAAUUAUAAAAUCUGCAAAGUUUUUUUUUAGCUAGGUGACUACCUGAUUGGAUGCUGCUGCCUUGAAAACAGAGGUGUGGAAGGCCAGGUACUUGGAUCAUCAAGCUCAGAGAGAUCACAUUCCCACCUGGACCUCACUCCUCUGGGCUAGCUCACUGCUGGAGUAUUUUUCCUAUUAGUUCCCAAAGCACUUUCACUGAGGCCCAGGGAAAUAGCUACCUGGUAAGGUUUAAGUAUAGGCCACCAAAGGGUUCUUAAAAGAAUUUUCUCCAAAACAGAAUAGACGAAUUUAGAACAGGAAAAAAAACGAGGCUUCAAUAACAUGUGUAUACAUGUGUGUGAAAACAAUUUUCCUCAUACUAAGAUUUUUGUGAGACUCUUGGAAGUGGGUAAAAGAGCAAAUUCCUUGCCCUCUCCUCAACUUAUCAUCGGCCAAAACCUUUCAUGAAUAACAACUAACAUCCACAUCUUUUCUUUCUUAGUCUGAAGCUCAUGUUUUCUUGGCAUGUACUAAAGUUACAGGGAGAAGGCAUGCUCCUGUUGAGCUGACUGAUUGAAAUAUACCAAGGACUAAGUGGAGGCCACGAGGAGAUCUGUAAGUUCAGCCCUUGGGACUUAGGAGACAGGGAGGUGCAGGGCUGGAGCCCAUGACAGACGCAAGAGGCUUCAACACAACAGAGCAACUGAAACUAUUUUUUUAAGAUAAUGCUUUUAGAUAAAUUGCAUACCAUGCUCUUAGCCAAUGUAUGCUAUUGCAUUCAAAUAACUUCGUUUUAAAGAUCUCGUUCAUCACUCCAUAUUAAUUCUGUAGAACCCUGGCUUCCGGUAUUCAUUGUAUCAUUUUUAUGUAAUGUCUGACAAAGCUGUUUCCUCUUGCCUAAACUUAACCAUCACAAAGCAGUGCCUGGCCUGUAACAAACUACCCUAGAGAAUUCACUGUAAAAUAAUCAUGAGUCAUGUUUGCUAAAACUAAGUUUUAAACUGGUGUAGGAUGCAAGAAAUCUGCCUGCUCUAAACCUCUAUUAGGCUGGGUCCACUUCUAGGCAGAUGGUGUAAUGGUCUCUUCCUUAGAUAUGUUUAGGAGAAAUAUGGAAACAAAGCGACGAAUCUUAACGUGGGUGGAAAGUUAUGUCUUAUUGAUGGUGUUUAGGUAUUAAAGUAGCAAUGGUCUGGUGGCAGGUGUGUGCUAUUUCUGUAGCGUAAGAAAGGGCAUGGGCUCUAUUAGUUAAUGGCAGUGGUGUUGUGUCUGUGCAGAGCCAAUGAAUUAUUCUCAUUUUAGAAACCAUUUUUCUCAGUUAGUAGCUUUAAAUGUUUGCUCCCUUCAUUUUUCUAAAAUUGUUGGGGUCAUCUUCUUAGCUAUCUUGGUUUUUAAUAUAUAUUUUAUAUAUAUAAUAUAUAUAUGGUUUGGAAAGUUUUCUCAGGUAUAUAGAAUGUUUUUAACCAUGUUUCUUGGCUCCUGUAAAAGAGUCCCAGGUUUCACAAGGAGGUUUUCAAAUACCAUCCUAUCUGAACAUUGUAUUUGUGAGACUGCAUUGAAAGCAGGAAGACUUUAUAAAUAAUUAUCUUAGAAAAGCUCUUCUGGUGGGGUUCAUGUAUGCGGGAUGUGCAAUUUUGGAGCCAAUGGUUUAAUAUUUUUAAAUUGUAUUCUGUUUUUUUACUCUGCAUCAUUUCAGAGAGAUUAGAGGCAGCUAUUGAAACACAUGUGCUCCAAAACAAAGAGGAGUGAUACUGUCAAGAAAGAAAGGCUAACACACAGUCAGAAAUGUGUGACAGGCACAAGCACAGAACAUUCGAGAGCUUUGCUGAGUUUUCCGAUGAAGAGCACCUCAGAAAGCAAUUGACUUGUCAGUGAUGACAGCCAAUACCACCACAUGCUCAAGAUAGAUAGAUAGAUAGAUAAAUAAAUAAAUAAAUAAAUAAAUAAAUAAAUAAAUAAAUAAGCCUUGCCCCCCACGAGGGCAGACUGUUAAGACAGCACAGACCACUGAAGUUCACAGAGAAGCUCCAAAACUAGAUUACACUAGCUACAUGUGCCUGACGGAGAGUGGUUAUCAAGAAAUACCUGCUGGGAGGUGGUGGCGCAGGCCUUUAAUCCCAGCACUUGGGAGGAAGAAGCAGGCAGAUCUCUGAGUUUGAGGUCAGCCUGGUCUAUAGAGCAAGUUCCAGGACAGCCAGGACUACACAGAAUAGCCCUGUCUAGAAAAAGGAAGGAAGGAAGGAAGGAAGGAAGGAAGGAAGGAAGGAAGGAAGGAAGGAAGGAAGGAAGGAAGGAAGGAAGGAAGAUCUUGAUUGAUUGAAUGGGAAAAACGAGUGAAUGGAUAAAAUAGAGGAAAAUAAACUACCUAUGCAGUAGUUAUUCAUAGAGUGCCUGUCAUGUGUUAUGGCAUAUUCUGAUGCCGUAAGUGAAAGGUUCAGUUCUUAACAAGUAAGAUCUAAAGGCUGGCCAGACAGCUCAGAGGACCAAAGCAACCUGAUGACUUCAGUUCCAUCCCUGGAACCUGCAUAAAAUGGAAGACGUGACUCCACAUGCCUGCUCUCUGACCUCCACAUGGGUGUUCUAGAACGCAUGUGCACACACACACACACACACACACACACACACACACACACACACACACACACACAUUUAGCAUAGUAACAGAAAAUUCCAUACUCAAAGCAAUGCUUUCCUUAUGUUUUUAUGUUACCUUAGGAAACAUGUAAUCUUCUAACAUGCAGACACACAACAUGAUUUUUCAAGCACUUUCCAGUUUUCAGUAAUUCCUUUCAAUGACCAAAUCUAGCAGCUUCUUGUAUCCACCUAAUCUGAAGAGUAAAACCUCCACUCCUGGCUUGACCUCAAUUGAGCUCCAAGCUGGUUUAAACAAGAGGGAGAAGAUGAGUGUUAAAAUUAUGCAAAAAAGUCCUGGUCUGCCUCUUAGUAAGAGCAAGUCCUGUGCCUCCGCGCUGGCCGGAAUACUCAAAUGCAGUCACUAUUAGGAAGUAAGACCCAGAGAAAUGUCUGCUCUGCUGAAAAGGGUUGAGAAAUUUGACACCCUUUGAAUGGUGCUUGUUGGAAAUCACAUUACCAGAGAAUCCCUCUUGGAGACAUAUAGAAUCAUAAAUGGAAUUUCCACCUGUCUGAGUAUCCAGCUGAAAUGCUAAGGGAAACUGAUGUCCCAUUUGUCGCUGGGUUUUUACCAGGAGCCUGGGAAGUCCCUGAGACUCAGCCACAGGUUUGCCUACGUUUCCGACUCAUGCUAGAAUGUUCUGUGAUAUAAAGUCAAAAGUCAGGAAAUCAGCAGGAGCCAGAGCUGGAUCAGUUCCGGCGGUCCUAGGGACAGUGGUCCACUCUUGGGCCCCAGGCUCCACAUAGGGAGGGGGCAGGAGAUGGCUUCCAUUUCCCACACACGGAGUGGGAUAAGGAGGAAAGGAAGGAAAAGGUGCCGCCUGAAUGGUGGGACUCCUCUCCAUUCUCAAGCGUGUUUCCAAAAGGCUUGUUAAGAAGGGUGUUUCUGACCCCUGUUUAUGACGCCUCCAUCGAUCUUGUCUCUGUCACCCUCAGGUAUUUCACUUAUCUGCAGAGAGGCCCUUUGGAGACCCUAAGACCAGCAGUUGAUCAGCAAUGGCCUGACCAUGAAAGAGUCCAUAGUUUCAGUUAACAUUGUUUGAGGCUAGAAACAGCAUCCCAACCCAUGUGUCCACACCAGCAGGGCCAGAAGGCUGCUUCCUCCCAGAGCGGUGGCUGAGUUUUCAGUUGCCAUGGUGACAGGUGAAGGACAGCCCCUGCCAGUCCCGUGUCCUGUUUUGCUUUCUCCAAGACAUUAGAACAGAGACUGUCUCGUUUGCUUUUGCUUUUGUUUAAUUUUUCUUUCUGAAAUGCUUUCUUCAUCUCACACCACCUCUCUCCCUCUGCUUCAGCAACUCACGAAUCAUCCUAAAACACUUAGGCAUCCGCCUUUUGCCAAAAUUACUUCUCUAAGAAAUAUAGAACGUGAGGCUGGACAGACAGCUCAGUGGUUAAGAGUACUUGCUGCUCUUCCAGAGAACCUGAGUUUAAUUCCCAACACUCACGUGGUAGCUCAUAACUACCUGUAACUCCAGCUCCAGGAUGUCCAACGCCCUCUUCUGGCCCCCACACACCCUGCGCCCAUGUGCACAUACUCAAACGCAUACACAUAAUUUUUUUUUAAUAAAAAUAAUUCUUUGAAGAAACAUGGGAUGUCCUCUUUUCCUGUUUAGGGCUUAAAGCCCAAGGGUAUUAGUAAAUAUUUAAAGUCCAUGAGGAAUGCAGAUGUAUUCUGACAUAUCAGCUAGAAAUAGUGUUGAAAUCACUCAUCAAUACAUGCAUGGAAUCACACAGCCCAAAGGAGACUUCCAAAAAGGCAUCAUAGGUUUGAAGUCUCCUGACCACAGAUGGCUCUAAUUUUUUACUCUUUCUGAAUAUUUAGUGCAUGUUGGUUCACACAAGGAAGAAAAAUAGUCUUCUGUUGGAAGUAGGAAACAAGGGCAGCCUGGAUUUUUAUGUUAAGAACCUCCUCCAUACUUUUUGUUUCUGUUUAGCUUUGCUGACGUUAACACUGGUGGUAUUGGCUAAAGGAAACUGUGGGUCAUGUGGGUUUUGUCAGGAGUGCAGACUCUGACAAAGAGUGUUCAUUCUGGUGUUGGGAUGAUGUCCUGGUCCGUGGACAUCCGUUGAGUGUUCUUGGCAGUUGCUAAUACACUAGUCAUGUUCAUAGUCAUGGAGUUGAGAAUUUACACUGGAAGUCAUAAGCACCCCACUUCCCAAAGCAAAGACGCUGUUAAUGUUCUAAAAGCACCUAAAUACCUCAACUAUCUGGGCUGAGAAGAGGAGCUGCAGGCUUUUAAGAGGGCAGCUGAUGUCCUCAUUCUGUGUAGUCAAACCAACAGGACCCGCCAUUCUCCUUCUCACUGUGGGAAAGUAACAUCACCAUUUCAUUCAUAUCCCAAAGUUAUAAAUAUAACCUGUAAAUUUCACUAACUUGUUUCAGUUUCGUUUGCUCCUUAAAAAGUACAACUUGCAUUUUGCAAAUGGUCAUUUCUAGUGUGUUCUCUGCAACUUUCUUUUCUGUAUGAAAUUGCUGUAUUGUUAAUGUGUGUUCGUUUUCGUGGUUUUAUUUCCCAUUGGUGCACUGUACAAUGGCAUGUUGUAAUGUACCAUGAAGAAAAGGAUAAUAUGCAGAUGUACUAUAAGGUGUGUUUUAUUUUCAAAUGACUGUGCUGUUGACAAUAUUUUGAUUUAUCAAAAUACUAAGGGAAAGUUAUAAAUUUACCAAAAUGUGUAUAUUUUAAUAAAUGCAUAAAGCUUUA